AUGGUAAUCAGUUUCUCGAUUACUUCUUCAGCAUUAGAGUUUCUCGCUUCCUCUGGACAACCUUCUUCCACCUUGGGCUCUUUCCAAAUCAGCGCUCCUUUUUCAUCAAACGAUUUCCCUCCCCUGUACUGCUCUAUGUACGGUCAUGUGGAGAAAUUGGCUGAAGAAAUCAGGAAUGGACUCAAGGAGCUGCUUCUAUUGAAGGCGUUGAAGCCAAACUAUGGCAGGUACGUGAGACGCUUCCAGAAGAGGCACUUUCUAAGAUGA